GUUGAUGCCGGUGUGGCGGUCUUAGCUGCCUCCCGGUCCCAGCCGCCCCUCUUGCCAAAUAUGGCAAAAAUACGUCAUGCCAUCUCUGCGCACAACAACGGGAAACUCGUCCGUUUAAGUGGCGUGCUGAGCAGUGCAGUCCAUGCACACUUCAAGUCGUACAUGACGUGUAAUGUACACCAAAGAUAAUCGCACCGCGUAUAAUUCGAGUUAGUCAUGUGGACAUCUCAGCACAGAAGACCAACGAGACCUUGCUUGUGUCGUGCUGAAAUGUCCAACUACAUCAGGGGGACCGCUGGGCCGGGAGACAGCUGAGACCGGCACUACGCUUCGAAACACUGGAGUAUAAAAGGGCGUCACAUUUGGAGAAGUCGCGCAUCUCGUCGACAUUACGUUGUCAGUAGCCGAUGUCGGGUCUUUUUGCGUUGAUAUCGGUGACUGUGACCAAGUUUUGACCAGCGAAGACUCUGAGGUGCGUGUGAACAGCCGGAUGGAUACUUCAACGGAGAGGACCCGGGCCGGUAGUUGCGCGGUGUCACCCUACCGCCAGAAGCACGUCAACCUUCACAACUUUGCCACGGGGUCCCAGAAUGUGGAUUCCCUGCAUCACAAUGCAGUCACGUGUGAAGCUCCGUGUUCGGAGAGACGGUGCAGGGGUUCGAUUCUCACUCCAUCCAAUCGGACCGGUUCGCUACCCAGACCCACCACCGAAGUACUCAAACAAGCGAAGGAGUUCAUUCAGCAAUAUUACGCUCACAUCGGCAGAGCCAAUACAGACGCUCAUGCGUCACGGUUGGCAGAAGUCACUGCUUGCAUUGAGACUACCGGGACAUACAACUUGACGGAGGCCGAACUGACUUUCGGGGCCAAGCUAGCCUGGCGGAACGCCUCGCGAUGCAUUGGUCGGAUACAGUGGUCGAAACUACAGUUGUUUGACGCUCGCAACGUACGCAAUACUAGAGGCAUGUUAGAAGCAAUAUGCAAACAUUUGCUGUACGCAACCAACAAGGGAAAUCUAAGAUCGGCAAUAACUGUGUUUCCAUCGCGCACGGAUGGGCACCACGACUACCGAGUGUGGAACACCACGCUGAUCAAGUACGCCGGGUACCAGCAAGAGGACGGGACGGUCAUUGGCGAUCCGGCCAGCGUGGAAUUCACAAAGAUUUGCCAGAAGCUAGGAUGGAAGGGAUCCGGCGGACGGUUCGACAUCCUACCGCUCGUGUUGCAAGCCAAUGGCGAAGAUCCGGAGUGGUUUGACAUUCCGGAGGAAUGCGCCAUGGAGGUCAAACUAAGCCACCCUGAAUUCGACUGGUUUGCCGAGCUGGGUCUGAGGUGGUAUGCAGUACCUGCCGUCUCUAACAUGAUACUAGACGUCGGUGGACUGGAGUUCACGGCGUGUCCCUUCAACGGCUGGUACAUGAGUACCGAGAUUGGAGCCAGGAAUCUCUGUGAUACCAACAGAUACAACCUCCUGGAGACGAUAGCAUCCAAGAUUGGCUUGGACACAACUUCCAACAUGACACUGUGGAGGGACAAAGCUCUGGUCGAAGCCAACGUGGCCGUCUUACACAGCUUCCAGAAAGCUCAAGUGACCAUCACAGAUCACCACUCCGCCUCUGAGUCCUUCAUCACGCACAUGAAGAACGAACAGCAAGCUCGUGGGGGUUGUCCGGCCGAUUGGGUCUGGAUCGUCCCGCCAAUGUCGGGCAGUGCCUGCCAAGUCUUCCAUCAGGAAAUGUUGUACUAUACCUUGAAGCCUUCCUAUGAAUAUCAGGAACCAGCCUGGAAAACCCACUUGUGGAGGAAUCGUUCGUCUGAGUCCGGACAAGGCACAACCAAGAAGACUUUCAAGGAAGUUGCAGAGGCUGUUCGCUUCGUGGCUCGGUUGAUGAUCAGGGCUUUGUCCAAACGCUUCAAGGCCACCAUACUUUAUGCUACCGAGACAGGGCGAUCGAAAAACUACGCAGAGAGAAUUCAUAGGAUGUUUAGCACUGCCUUCCAUGCCAAGGUGUUAUGCAUGAAUGAAUACGAUGUCGCCAACUUGGAACAGGAGGCUUUACUCCUGGUCGUGGCCAGCACGUUCGGUAACGGAGAUCCACCCGAGAACGGCCAGUCAUUCGCUCGAUAUAUCAUGGAGAAGGCGAAGAAGGAGGAACGCAAGGCAGACAAGAUUGCCAGACGUAACAGCAAGGUUGAGUUGGCGCCGACGACUGAUUACAUUUCUUGCGAGAAAUUCUGCGACCAGCCAGUCCGAAUCGCUCCCAGAAAAAUCCUCCGCGCGAAUUCCGUCACAUCGAUGGACGAACCCUCGCGCCCUCUGAGCGCUGUGAGGUAUUCCGUCUUUGGUCUAGGGUCGUCGGCGUAUUCAAACUUCUGCGCCUUCGGGCAUGCCGUCGACGAGCUGCUUGAAGUGUUGGGAGCGGAGCGGCUCCUGGAAAUCACAGAGGGAGACGAACUCGGAGGACAGGAGAUUGCCUUCAAGAAUUGGGCACAGGAGAUAUUCAAGGCCGCCUGCGAGACUUUCUGCAUUGGAAGUGACGUGAACAUCGACAACGUGACAGCGUCCGUCGGCAUGCCCGAUGCCACCUGGGCGGCGGAGAAGUACCGAGUCACGGCCGCCGACUACCAGGCCAAUCCUGCCGACCUUAGCCGUACACUCAGCGAUUUGCACGGCAGGAUGGUUCUGCCUUUUCGUUUCAAUUCGAGGACGAACCUCCUGAACCCACUAUCACGGCGAUCCACAAUCCUUGUGAAACUAAACACCCAGGAUCAAGAUGAGUUUACCUUUGAGCCAGGAGAUCACGUGGCCAUCUAUCCAACCAAUGACAAGGACUUGGUGGAGCGGAUUCUGCGCAGAAUCGCGUACGAGAAGUCACCUGAUACGGUCGUCAAAGUGGAUCGGCACGAGGCCAAGGUCACGGAACUCGGCACCGUUCGUACUUGGGUCUCCCACGAUCGCCUGCCUCCCUGCUCCCUCCGCUACGCCUUGCUGCACCUGCUGGAUAUCACAUCGACGCCUUCCCCGAUGUUUCUCAAGACGCUGUCUCUGCACGCCAGAAGUCCUCUGGAGCAGAAACAGCUGUCGACCCUCGGCGAGCUACUCGAAGAACAUGUGAGACAACGCAAAACAGACAAGGGCUCAGCCGUCUACGAUGAGUGGCUCUACUCCUCGUUCCCAAACCUAGCCGAGAUCCUCGAAGCAUUCCCCACGCUGCGGGUACCAGCUUCGCUACUUCUAACCUUGCUCCCACUCCUGCGGCCUCGCUAUUACUCCAUCAGCUCCAGUCCCGAGAUGUACCCUGGGGAGGUUCACAUAACAGUUGCUGUAGUCCAGUACAAAUCAAAAGUCAGUGGUGCUGUUCGUCGAGGAGUUUGCUCUACUUGGCUGGACUCACUCAAUGAUAACGACGUUGUGCCUGUCUUCAUCAGGAAGGCACCAUCUUUCCGCAUGCCCGAGGACCAGACAGCCCCCAUGAUUCUCGUCGGGCCCGGCACGGGGAUUGCUCCCUAUCGCAGCUUCUGGCAACAGCGCCAGCACGACCGGGAGGCCGCCGGCCAACCAGAGGGCGGCCGCUUCGGUGACAUCACGCUCGUGUUCGGAUGCAGACACUCCAAACUGGACGACCUCUACCAGGAAGAGAAGAUGUUUUCCAAGGAAGAGGGCGCCCUCACCAACGUCUGGACCGCGUACUCCCGGGAGGUCUAUUUACCCAGAACAUACGUCCAAGACCUUCUUCAGAAGAACGGCCAGAAAGUGUACGAGACUAUCUGUGGAAGACGAGGUCACAUCUAUGUAUGUGGGGAUGCAACCAUGGCAGCCGGUGUACGCGUUGCCAUAGAAACCAUCAUCGCCAAGCAGGGAGAAGUGACAAAAGAGAAAGCUAAGAAACUGGUUGAACGCCUCAAGGAGGAGAAUCGAUAUCACGAGGACAUAUUUGGCAUCACGCUCACGACCGAAGAGGUCACGGAGAAGCUGCGAGAACUAAAAAAGCGAACCGAGAACAACAACAAAAUGUCGGUCAAGGAACUGGCUGCGCUCCGCCUGGCAUAUAUCUUGACUCGAAAGGCCGGUCUCGGACUUCGAACAGCCAGUGACGACGUGGUGAUCCAAGCGUGCAGCCCGUAUUUCCUCAAAAAGGGGAGGGACCGAAUCAUAUCCGCCCCUCUUCCCUACAGAAGUCGCCCGCUGCAGUCAUACUAACACGGAGCAGCCUGGAAUAAAAAUCGCACAUUAUGAGACUACACGAUUCAAACUAUUAUUAUGUGCUGUGGAGAUACCCUAAAAAUGACGAUGCAUACAAAUGUACAGUUAUUGCGCCUUGGGCUUUGGUUUGUCGUGAAUUAAUGCUUGAAGUAAUCACUUUGUGAAGCCUUGUGAUGUAACAUUUUGUUCUCUUGAACAAAUAAUAGCAAAUAAUGCAAUAAAGACAGCACAUGCAUAUGGGGAGCUUAGUCAAAAAGACAGGCAAGGCAGUAUCGUUAUUGAUGUUGUGAAUGAAAAGAUUUUCCUGGAUAAAAUCAGACUUAUGAAUAUGUACUACCUUUCGUGCAUUUUGAUCUGCCUACUUUUGAGAGUAAGUUUAUUUUGGAGAUUAGAGUUUUAAAGUUUUAACCAAGACUUUUCAUUGUGACGGUAAUGAAUCAUUACAAUUUUUAGGUAUCGAUUGCAGUGAUUUGCCGAGCAUGAUGCUAUAAAUGAUUUGAUAAUAAGAAUUUUUGAAAAAUGUUUAAUUUGCGUGGGGAGCAGUUGCUCGAUCUGCACGAUUUGGCGAUCGUGCUUCGAGGACAAUCGUGCUGCGCCAUCGGUCAAUCCAUUUUGAACUCUUUCAAUUUCCUUUUCUUAAAAGCAAUUUUACACAACCGUGAAUAACAAAGAAAAGGUAAUCCAGCCGAUGGUGGAAAUGUUGGUUGACAGAUCGUGCCGCGAGAUCGACCGGCAGCGCAGCUGUUAACCGACGCGAUUGCGCCUAACACUCGUUACGAGUGGACUUGGUAACUUCUUUCACAUGUAUACACAACGCUGAUUUUUGCAAUCUUCACACAGUUUCAUGGAAAAAACACCACAGGAAGUAUUCUUCGAUGUGAGCUCCAGUUAAGGAAAAGGGCUGCAUUUUAAUUUUCACAAAUUUAGUAUCGAUUGAUCCUAUCGUUGAAGAUUAAAUUUUUAAAAACGAAAUAAUGUAUUCAUUUUCUAAUCAAUAAACAAAUGUUUUACUGGUAAACUGUUUUUGUCUCCAGAACUUAAGGCAAUUAUAUUACUCAGCAAUUAAACUGAAAAUUGACACGAAUGUUAUAACAGAACGAUUUGUCAAAAUAAAAACAUAUGCCGGGUGCAAACA